CUGUGACACAAUUACAAGUUUGCGCUAGUGGUGGAGAAGUUUGUGAUUCUACGAAAUCCUCCCAGCACUGCAAGCUCCCGCCUUUUCUGGUGUCCCGACCUGUCCUGAGAUGUGAUACGACAGCCAAGGACUGUAGCCAGUGCAUCUGCUGCUUUCGCCAUCACCUUGGGGUUUUUUUAGCCGCCUUCCGCAGUGGAGAUUGUGGCAGCGUUAAAGUUUGUGUGCCAGUCUCACGCAGCGAGGGCGCCUUUUGAGCGCUGUCCUGAGGGUUGGUGAGUUUCGGAGUUAGAGUUUUAAAUUUCUUACUUUUCCAUGAAAUCCUGCGGAGUGUCGCUUGUUACUACCACCUCUUCUUUCUGUGAUGAGGUAAAGAAAAUGGCGGCGGGAAAAGCGAGCGGCGAGAGCAAGGAGGGGUCGUUAAGCUUGACAGCCGAAGAGAAGGAGGUGCUCGGCGGAUUGGACAGCCGGCUCUUUGGAUUCGUGAGGCUUCACGAAGAUGGCGCCAGUACGAAGACUCUAUUGGGCAAGGCUGUUCGCUGCUACGAAUCUUUAAUCUUAAAAGCUGAAGGAAAAGUGGAGUCUGAUUUCUUUUGUCAAUUAGGUCAUUUUAACCUCUUAUUGGAAGAUUAUCCAAAAGCAUUAUCUGCAUACCAGAUAUACUACAGUUUGCAGUCUGACUACUGGAAGAAUGCUGUCUUUUUAUAUGGCCUUGGUUUGGUUUACUUCUACUACAAUGCAUUUCAUUGGGCAAUUAAGGCAUUUCAGGAGGUGCUUUAUGUUGAUCCCAGCUUUUGUCGAGCCAAGGAAAUUCAUUUACGACUUGGGCUUAUGUUCAAAGUGAACACAGACUAUGAAUCUAGUUUAAAGCACUUUCAGUUAGCCUUGAUUGACUGUAAUCCCUGUACUUUGUCCAAAGUUGAAAUUCAAUUUCAUAUUGCCCACUUGUAUGAAACACAGCAGAAGUAUCAUUUUGCAAAAGAAGCCUAUGAACAACUUUUACAGACAGAAAACCUACCUGCACAAGUAAAAGCAACUGUUUUACAACAGUUAGGAUGGAUGCAUCAUAAUGUGGAUCUACUGGGAGACAAAGCCACCAAGGAAAGCUAUGCAAUUCAGUAUCUCCAAAAGUCAUUGGAAGCAGAUCCUAAUUCUGGCCAGUGUUGGUAUUUCCUUGGGAGGUGCUAUUCAAGUAUUGGGAAAGUUCAGGAUGCGUUUAUAUCUUACAGGCAAUCUAUUGAUAAGUCAGAAGCAAGUGCAGAUACAUGGUGUUCAAUAGGUGUCCUCUAUCAGCAGCAAAAUCAACCCAUGGAUGCUUUGCAGGCAUAUAUUUGUGCUGUACAGUUGGACCAUGGGCAUGCAGCAGCCUGGAUGGACCUAGGCACUCUCUAUGAAUCGUGCAAUCAACCUCAGGAUGCCAUUAAAUGCUACUUAAAUGCAACUAGAAGCAAAAGUUGUACUAAUACCUCUAUACUUGCAGGAAGAAUUAAAUUUUUACAGGCUCAGUUGUGUAACCUUCCACAAGGUAGUCUACAGAAUAAAACUAAAUUACUUCCUAGUAUUGAGGAGGCGUGGAGCCUACCAAUACCUGCAGAGCUUACUUCCAGGCAGGGUGCCAUGAACACAGCACAGCAGGCUUCUAAAGCUCAUCAUCCAAAAUCUGAACCUGUGUUAGGCCUCAAUCAAACACCAAUUUUACAGCAGUCCUUGCCAGUACACAUGAUUCCUUCUACCCAGGUAGAUGACCUGUCCAGUCCUGCCAAGAGGAAAAGAACAUCUAGUCCAAUAAAGCACUUGGAACAGCUACAUGCAAAUAAAGAUACUUUAAAUUCAGCACAGAGACUGAUGCUGGAACAGUUGGAAAGUCAUUUUGUUUUAAUGCAACAACAAAACACACUCACUCUACCUCACAACUGCACAAACCUGAGCAGCAGCACAGAAGAGCCAUGGAGAAAACAGCUAUAUAACGCCACUCAGAGGCUUCACAAAGGUCAGAGUUCACAUUUGUCAGAACCUGAUGAUGAACAACCUUCAUUUUCCACUGGAUCUGUCCAGUAUCUCCAAGCAGCUAGCAGUAGUAUUCAGAAACAGAUUGGACAUGGAACUCUGCCUAGCAACUCAGUAACACAGGGAGCUGCUAUCAAUCACCUCUCCUCUCAUAUUGCUACCUCAUGUGGACAGCAAGGCACUACUUUUACCAAAGAGAGCCAACCUUCAGGAAAUAGAUCUUUGGUGCCUGAAACAAGCAGGCAUGCUGGAGACACAUCUAAUGACUCUGUUGUUGUCAAAGGACUUUCUAAUCAUGUUCAGCAGCUGAGGAUAGAAUCUGUUUGCAGUCCUAACCAUGGAGAUUGUACAUCACCAGAUUUACUAAUAUCAGACAGCCCUCAGAACUCUGCCUCAUUGAUUGGAAAAGCUAGUGACAGUGUGGGUACUGGAGCUUAUGACAAAGCCAGUAGUAUUCACCCAGCUAUUCAUACAAAGACUAAUAAUUUUAUUACCUCUUCACCCUCUUCAGUCAUUUUCACCACAACACCUUUCUCAAAAUCCACUGAGCAGACAACCACACACAGUGUUACCAGCCUUAACAAUCCUCAAAAUAGGUUACACACAAUUAACAGAGGAGGAUUAGGGAACUUACAAAGCUCUAAAAAACCAGACUUGCCUAUAAUUGGCCUCAAAUCUGAUCCUCAUAGUAUACCAUCAAUGUCUAUGUCUAUAUAUUCAAGUUCCACGGAAGUUCUGAAGGCAUGCAGGAAUUUAGGUAAUAAUGGCUUGUCUAAUAGUCACAUUUUUUUGGAUAAAUGCCCACCUCCAAGACCACCAGCUUCACCGUACCCUCCCUUGCCAAAGGACAAGUUGAAUCCACCUACACCUAGUAUUUAUUUGGAAAAUAAACGUGAUGCUUUUUUUCCUCCAUUGCAUCAAUUUUGUACAAAUCCAAGAAACCCUGUUACAGUUAUACGUGGCCUUGCUGGAGCUCUUAAAUUAGAUCUUGGACUUUUCUCUACCAAAACAUUGGUAGAAGCUAACAAUGAACAUAUGGUAGAGGUGAGGACACAGUUGUUGCAACCAGCUGAUGAAAACUGGGAUCCCACUGGAACAAAGAAAAUCUGGCGUUGUGAAAGUAAUAGAUCUCAUACCACAAUCGCUAAGUAUGCACAGUACCAGGCCUCCUCCUUCCAGGAAUCAUUGAGGGAAGAAAAUGAGAAAAGAAUGCAACAUAAAGAAUAUUCAGAUAAUGAACCCACAUCUUCAGAUUUUUCUGGAAAGAGAAGGAAAGGACCUUUUAAAACCAUAAAGUUUGGGACCAACAUUGACCUUUCUGAUGACAAAAAGUGGAAGUUGCAGCUACAUGAGCUGACUAAGCUUCCUGCUUUUGUGCGGGUGGUAUCAGCAGGAAAUCUUCUAAGCCACCUUGGUCAUUCCAUUCUGGGCAUGAAUACAGUUCAGCUAUACAUGAAAGUUCCAGGGAGUCGAACACCAGGUCAUCAAGAAAAUAACAACUUCUGUUCUGUUAACAUAAAUAUUGGUCCAGGUGAUUGUGAAUGGUUUGUCGUUCCUGAAGAUUAUUGGGGUGUUCUGAAUGACUUCUGUGAAAAAAAUAAUUUGAAUUUCCUAAUGAGUUCUUGGUGGCCCAACCUUGAAGAUCUUUAUGAAGCAAAUGUUCCUGUAUAUAGGUUUAUUCAAAGACCUGGUGAUUUGGUCUGGAUAAAUGCAGGCACUGUGCACUGGGUUCAAGCUGUUGGCUGGUGCAACAAUAUUGCUUGGAAUGUUGGUCCACUUACAGCCUGCCAGUAUAAAUUGGCAGUGGAACGGUAUGAAUGGAACAAAUUGCAGAGCGUGAAGUCACUAGUACCCAUGGUUCAUCUUUCUUGGAAUAUGGCUCGGAAUAUCAAAGUCUCAGAUCCCAAGCUGUUUGAAAUGAUAAAGUAUUGUCUUCUGAAAGUACUAAAGCAAUGUCAGACAUUGAGGGAAGCUCUUAUUACAGCAGGAAAAGAGGUUAUAUGGCAUGGGAGAACAAAUGAUGAACCAGCACAUUACUGUAGCAUUUGUGAGGUGGAAGUUUUUGAUCUGCUUUUUGUUACUAAUGAAAGCAAUUCUCAAAAGACCUACAUAGUACAUUGCCAAGACUGUGCACGAAAAACAAGUGGAAAUCUGGACAAUUUUGUGGUGCUAGAACAGUACAAAAUGGAGGACCUGAUGAAAGUCUAUGACCAAUUUACAUUAGUUCCUUCGUUCUCCUCCUCCUCUUCUUGAUAUUGCCCCAUGAAUAUUAAAUGAUGCCUUUUCUGCUCUUCAGGAAAGUUUUGCACCACUGGUUUUGUCAGCUAUUAAGAUUGCUGACUAAAAGCUAUUUCUAUGCAACCUUUCAAGAACAGAGCGCUGCCAAGACUCUCACAAAGCAUAUCCAGUUGUACUUAAUAAUAAAUACGUUUCAUGGUGGUAUCUGACAAAACUGGCAAUUUUCAACACACUACUGACUUUACACCUUUUUUUGUUUCUCGAUUUCUGGAUAAAUUUAUUUUUAUCUAUAUUUUACCCUUUAAGAAUUUUUCUGGAGGACAAAAACUGUCCUAGCUGGUCAUUUGUUUGGUUAGGAUAACAAAUUCAUAUCUUUGACCAACUUUUUUUUUAAUGUAAAAAUUAGAUGAGAAAAUUUUUUUUACUGCUUUGUUUGUGUGUGUCAAUUGGACGCCAUGGUAAUUACACUUUUGGUUCCAAAAUAAUUUUUUUUUAAAAAUUUAGUAGUAUAAUAGGACACAAAAAUAAUGGAUUGCACAUAGAGUAAGGAAUAAACUUAGAUUUGUGAUUUUUGUUUUUAAUCUUGAUACAGAUUCACACUAUUUAUGAAUACAUAUUUAUUGCUUGAAAAUACUUGUGAAUGCAGUGUUUUAUUUUGUUUUGUUUUGAGAUUUACCUGCCAUUAAAUAUGAAGGAGUUCUGUCAUUUUACACACUACUCCUUUUACAUUUUCUAUGUGUAAAUAAAACUAGUUAGCAUUGUACAGAAACAUCUAUUAAAAUUGUUUAAUGUUUAAAGUCUUUUGCACUUUCUGAGUUUUAGAAAGACUUCUGUAAAGACCAAGUUUUUUUUCAUU